AUGAGAUCUCGCUGUCAAGCAUCUUCCCACGAGACUUUACAAGAGCGCAGGAACAGGGAGCGGAGACAACAAAGACUGGGGAGAGCCGACGCAGGGAGCUUCAUUCGCCACGCGGCCAGAGGGCGGGGGAAGGGGGCUGCCGGGGUGGGGCUGCGGUGGGGCGCAGGGCAGAGCCGAGCGAGGGACCGCCAGCGCCCGCCUCUCCCACCACACGACGCCACGUGGCCCCUGGGACUGCGCUGGGCCCCAAGCGACGGCGGAGGGAGAAAGAGGCAGCCCGUGUCCCCCUCCACCCCACGCGCCAUCUGCAAGCCGAGCGGAGGUGGCUGCAGGCCGGUGCGUGACGAGGAGCCUUCCCCCCGCGUGUGCGCGGCCAGCCGUGGACGGCGCCGCACUGCAGUGUCAGGAGGGGAGAGGAAGGGUUGGUUCCUGAAUGGUGCCAGGAUGAAGGAGGUUCUUUUAGCUGCUCUGCUGCUCAUUCUGCCAGUCAGCUGGGCAGCGCCAAAGGAUGGCAGUAAGAGGCCAGAGACCCUCAAUGAUUCAAGGGAUCAUCCGAUCCUCAACCCUCUGCAUCCAGGGAAGGAGAAUGUGAGGAUGCUCCAAGACUACUUGAAGAACGUUGGUCAGGUUGAGAAGGAUGCUGAUGCCAUGACAAGGGAACAGGCUCUCUUGCUUCUGUUUGCUCUUCAUGACUAUGACAAGAGUGGUCGACUGGAUGGCCUUGAAUUCAUGCGGUUGCUUAGUGAGCUGGCAGCAGGACAGGCCAAAAGACAGCCCGUGCCUGACUUGGUUGUGCUGAUGGUGGACAGCAUCCUGGAGACACAGGACUUGAACCAGGAUGGGUUGCUGGAGCCCUCCGAGCUGUUUCUCAGCCCCUGGCAAGAUCAGGCACCAGCAGCGCUUGCCGCCCCCAGCGGACAGGAUGGGGCAGUGUUGUGGGCCCCUCCAGAGUCGGAUGCACAAAGUGUUGGGCUCUCAGACCUCCCGCUCCAGGAAGGUACAGAAGAGCCAUCAUCUUCCCCAGAGACUUUUCAGGAGCAGGGAGUCAUGGAGGCCCCCUCCCUGAGUCCUGCAGCACAAAUGCAUAAAGGGGAUUCUGGCCAGGAAGCACCACUGGACACACAGGAACAAGCACCUGAGAUGCCUCCUGGUCCCAGAAACUGAAACAUACCUGGGUCAGGAAAGGAAGAAUCCUGGCGUUUGGCUUGGUCUUAUGGACAGAGGAACAGAGCUACCCCAGAGCAGUUCCUUAGAAGGGGCUGCAGGCAGGUGGUGAACUGGAACUGAAAAAUCCCACCCCAGUCCCUCAGUUCACUCCCUUUCAGCCAGUUCAGUCUUGCCGCUGCUGCUUCCUAUUGCACCUGUGUCCCUGGAACCACCCAGACCUCUCACCCUCUCAGUUGUCAGUGCAUUCUGCAGCUCUAGAGCUUUGGCCACAAACCUUUGCUCCCCUUGCCUGCUCUAAAUAUCAUCCCAUUCAAAAUGGCGACUGAGAAUUCCAGACACAUCCAUCCUUUGAUGGACUGAUCAGCUUUGCCCGGAUCAGAAGCCCAGGACCAGACUUUGAUAUCCUUCAUAGAACAACACCUCUUGGCAGAGAAGGCUUCAUCCACCGUUCUGGAUACCAAGCAAGCAGCUCUAGGGGCUGCAGUGCCAGUGAUGCUCUCCUCCCCCAAGUACCCUACCCAGGCCAAGCAGGCAAAGAACCAUUUCCCACUCCCACCCUCUAGACUCAGGAUGGGCAAUAGAGAAGCACAACGCCUCCUGCUCACUCCAUGCAAGGGAGUGCCUUGGCUGCCUUGGCUGCUCCCAACACAUGAAGCUGUCUUCUAUCAAGCGAGUACUUGGCCCCUUCUGCACAUGCAGAAUAAUGCACUUUCAAUUCACUUUCACAAUUAUUUACAGGUGGAUUCUGCUAUUCCACACAGUAAAAUCCAGCUGCAAAGUGCAUUGAAAGCGGAUUGAAAGUGCAUCAUUCUGCAUGUGCGGAAGGGGCCCUUGGUCUAUUAAGGCCAGUGUUGUCCACUGUGACUGGCAGGAGCUCUCUAAAGUCUUGCAGUGGAAGUCUUUCACAUCAGCUGAUCACAACUGAUCCUUUUAACUAGCAAUACCCAGAUUUGAACCUGGGAUCUCCACCAUGCAAAGCUGACGCUCCACCACUGAGCCACAACAUCCCUCCCAAGUGGGUAGCUGCUGUUGACUGUGUAGGCCCCAUAAGGGGACGAGUGCUGACUGCAUUGCUCCAGCAUCAACAUCUCUCACUCUCCUGUAUUUUGAUAAAACUCUUGUGUUUUGUCCUAAUAAAGUGUCUUUGACCUUCA